CUUCCACAGACCGUUUCGACGACAGACGGGAUGGCCGAGGCGGCAGACGUGCCAACUCGGUCCCCGUCCAUGGACAUGGUGGCGGCACAAGGAGUGCCUGUGUUUGCUCUGGAAGCCAUGUACCAACAGGACAAGCUGCAACAAGAGUCGAGUCUCCAUUGCGACGACGGAGGAGUAGAUGCCCAGGGCGCACAGCCACCGCAUUCGCAGCCGUCUCGCCACGACCAUGCAGGUCGAGACACUCCACCUGGACGACCACUCCCACGACCAGCGGACGUGGGCAUGUACUCGGCAUCUGUCGAAAAUGCCACCUCCAACGCGUUGUGGGCUCAACCGAACUCUCUCGAGUCCGCUGCCCCGAUCAACUCUACAAUCAGUCUUCUUCCACCGGAGUGCCACGAUACCGUGAAGAAACGUGGUCGUGGUGACGCCACGCUGUCGUCUCCAUCGAAACCCACCGCGCCUGCUCGGCCUGCACGGCCGCGGGCGCCAUCUCUUGCGACGGUGGUUGCCACAGCCAUGACAAAUCCCGACGUCGUUGUCACCGACGACGCGGCCGAUUCGUCGUCCGGAAUUGUGACGUUUGACGUGGGCGGGACCAUUUUUCGAUGCAAGCAACGGGUGGUUGAGAAAUACCCAAACAAACGCCUCCACCGGUUGCUCCUGUGCGGCUGCGAACAACAGCAAAGCAGCCCAUUCGCUUCCCCUGUUGCCGCCAUCUUUGUCGAUCGCAAUCCGAACUACUUCGCUGUCAUUCUCGACUGGUAUCGCACUGGUACGUUCCACGUGCCAGACUCGCUGAGCAUGGCGGGCCUCCAUCACGAAGCCGCAUACUUUGACGUGCUGGCUGAAAUGUUUUCCAACAACGAGGCACCCGCGUUGCCGUCUGCAUCCUCUCCCAUAAAGGUAGCAGUGUCGGUACCCCCCAUAUCCCCCAGCGCCCCCACGCCGUCCAGGAGUCCUGCUACUGGUUCAUCGCUGACGGCAAUCCACUGCUUUGUCAAAUCCUACACGCUGACGCUUCUUCCUGCCCAACCCCCCGUGGUGUUCAUCCUCCGGGCGCACGAACAACUAGUGCUUGAAAGCGCCGCGGGCGUCGGGCGACUCCUCCUACGAGUUACCGAUUUGCAUGGUAGCACGACCGUUCCUCGCGCUGUUCUCUACGACAGUCACUCGUACUUUUUUCUCGGCGGUGGCCAGGCGAAGCUGCACGGCACGCCCUUCCCAGGCAACCUCAUCUACUCGUUUUGGGCGGACGACACGGCCAGUGGCGAGCCACCAGAAACGACCGCAAUGCCACUUCACGUCGAAUUCAAGCUCCGAUGUGCAUUCCAUGCGUCCGAAGUGCUCGCACUCACCCCGGACGCUCAGAAACUCCUCAGCCACACACUCGACAUGGUAGCCAAGUCCACCAGCGCCACAGUCACAACCGCAGUCCUUGCUGGUCUUGAAGUGGACCAGCCGUCGCCGUCACCGCGCGGGCCGGACAGACGUGCAGCUGACAAGCCCAAGCAACCCCCAUUGGCGAUGGUAAGCGUCCAGCCACCAACGCAGCAACCUUCACUAGCCCCGGGGCCGACGGUAUCAACGACGACAACGGGUGGGGUGGUCGCAGCCAACGACAAGUUCUCAGCAAUACCAGUCUAUCGGCCCCCACCCGCGGCCACACUUGCUGUCCCACCAGCAAUAUACGGCGCACCCAAGGAAAACGCUAGUUCGCUUCCAGAAAAGACAAAGGAGCGAGCACAAAUCCUCGACGAAGCCCAGCAAUUUCAAACCAAAGUCAAGGAGCAUGCCGCGUGGUUACAACAUUACCAGCGCGAAAUGCAGCAGUCGUCGGCAAUUCCACGGGACCUUCCUCCUUCCGAUACCCCCAGCUCACCGACCAAGAAGACGUCGGCAGCGUCCAUGGCGCCUGUCGCAACCCCUCGACCAGUCGUCAAACGAAAGUGAACCACGCAGUGCCAUCGACUGCGCUAUGGAUGGACCUCCGCGCGCAACCUCACUGGCCAUUCAGACACAACCCCCACCUACUUCAUCCUGUUUAGUUAUGAAAGGCACAUGGAGACGCAGGGCCGAACGCCGCCAUUGCGCUAGCUGCCGCCCUUAGACUCGGAAAUGGGUUGAGACAACAAGCCACGAUGAAUCAUCAAACGGUGUAGUUGCAUCACAUCAUGCAUGUUGUGGUCGUGCGUUUGCCCAAAGCACUACAAACAAUGGGUUCGUCCGU